CUGUAGCCUGACGGAGUUUACAGAGGGGAAAAAAGGUAGCCUAGUGUUGCCACUCAUUUUGGAAUAGUGGAUUUUCGUCCGUUUGACACCAGUGAUGCCCUUCAAAGAUGACAAAGCACUUGAUGCGAGAAAGAUAAUACUUUUUUUUUUAAAGAAGCAACAUUCUGAAGAGACAGUGUAGGGAUGCUUGAGCGUUGUCACAGCGACACAUCUUGCUAGGACAAUGUGCACGCGCCCCGCCGGGAGAGAGGAGGGAGCGUGAGCGAGCGAAAGGGGCAAUCGCACAAGCGCAGCAUAUUUUAAGUCUAUACCAGUCGGAGGAGAAUCACGGAAACCGUGGAACGCUGUUACCCAGCGACGAAGCAGGCAAGCACCACCAAAUCGUCCAAGGUAUUCAAACUGUCGUUGGUGCUGUCCUCUCCACCGGCGAAGGGCAAGCGGGGAUGCAUUUUUUGUAGAAAAUUCACCCGCAUUUAAAAUCACUGUUGACAAUUUAUGUAGAUGAGGAAUUAGUCUAUAUCGUUUCGUUGUCAACAAAGAACGAGAUAUAAAGAUAUGUAGAGUGACGCGUCAGAGAAACUGAUCAAACGAACAAUUCAUGUAGGCUAUUUAUUAUUAUUGCUAUGCGGAGGAGGCGGGGGAGCCAAUUCUUUGUAGUCUACCUUGGUGGAAGAAUCAUUCCAGAACCCGCUUUAAUGCCUUUAUCUAGUGCAUGUGUAAUGCGCCAUACGCAGCAUUAGGCUUUAUUUUUUGGUAGCCUAUUCAUUUCCCUCCGUCAUUGUCUCCCGGUCCCUUAUCAGAAUGUGGUAGUCCGAUCAACCUGCAGGUCGGUCAGAUUGAGCUGGUGUUGUCGGUAAACAGAAACCGGGGAAGGUUUUCAAAGUCUAAGCUUCUCCAAAGGACUAUGCUUCAAUAUUUCCCGUUCUAAAGGAAUGGUGUGACAACGGUGUAGAAGUCAAAGACGAGGGCAAAAUCAAAGGAUUCCUUUUGAAAAACCCUUGGAAUCCUGCGACCCCCUUGGAACACAUAACAGGGUUAGUUUGUGACCUCCACCGUUGACCAGGAACUGUGACCGCAGACAUUGACCGUGAUGAGGACCGUACAGGAGGAUGGAACGUAACAGAGUUCUGACCGUGGAGCCGUUCCCGACCGCGACCGUAGAACACCAACACUAACCACAACCACACCUUCUAAAGACCACCCGGUCUCCCCCUAACCCUCCACCCCUCCAGCCCCUCUGUCUUACACCGCACCCCCCCCCCCCCCCUUGCCACUCCACUCCUCCACCUAUCCUCCUGCACUCACUCCCUCGCUCCGGACCCCCUUUUUUUGAGGGUCCACUUUUUCUUUCAUAAACACUCUCAACCACCACUUCUCUCUUUCCAUUGCGAUGUCCUUUCUUUCCAAUCAUCUAUACCUUCAUGAACAUUGAGUCCUCUUUGGGAAACAGACAUACACGGACGAUAAACGUUUAGUUGGAGGCGGAGUCUCUAUAGCUGCCAGUCAUGUAUCUUUUCCCUUUAUCCCUGUGUAAACCAAGUGGGCGGGGUCUCGCCUCUAGUCUCCGCCCCCGCUGCUACAUGGCCGACACCUGUCUAGUCUGGCUCCUGGGCCUGGCUCUCCGCCUCUCCCUGACCUCCUGCCAGAAGAUGAACCCCGCCAACAAGCCCCCCAUGGUGACCACCAACUACGGCAAGUUGCGAGGGCUCAAAAAGGACCUGAACAACGAGAUCCUGGGGCCAGUGGAGCAGUACCUGGGCGUGCCCUAUGCCACAGCGCCCAUCGGAGACCGCCGAUUCCAGCUGCCCGAGGCGCCUGGCUCGUGGCAGGAGAUCCGCAACGCCACAGCGUUCGCCCCGGUGUGCCCGCAGAACGUGCACGGCGUGCUGCCGGAGAUCAUGUUACCGGUGUGGUUCACAGACAACCUGGAUGUGGCAGCCGGCUACAUCCAAAACCAGAGCGAGGACUGCCUCUACCUCAACAUCUACGUGCCCACCGAGGACGGUCCGCUCACAAAAAAACACGAUGAGUCUACAAUGAACAGACCGAGAGAUGAAGACAUCCGUGACCGUAGGAAGAAGCCAGUGAUGCUGUUUAUCCACGGAGGCUCCUACAUGGAAGGAACCGGGAACAUGUUUGACGCCAGUGUCCUCGCCGCCUACGGCAACGUUAUCGUGGUCACUAUGAACUACCGUCUGGGCGUCCUCGGCUUCCUGAGUACAGGCGACCAGUCAGCCAAGGGGAACUACGGUCUGUUGGACCAGAUCCAGGCCCUGCGUUGGCUCAAUGAGAACAUCGGCCAUUUUGGGGGUGAUCCCGAGCGCAUCACCAUCUUCGGCUCCGGGGCGGGGGCGUCCUGCGUCAACCUGCUCAUCCUCUCGCACCACUCCGAGGGUAAGGGGCACACUGGGUUGUUCCAGAGGGCCAUAGCCCAGAGUGGCUCAGCCAUCUCCAGCUGGUCGGUCAACUACCAGCCCCUCAAGUACACUAAGAUCCUGGCCCGGAAAGUGGGCUGCAGCCACUCAGAGACAGCAGAAUUAGUGGACUGCCUGAGGAAGAAGAACUUCAGGGAGCUGGUGGAUCAGGACAUUCAGCCGGCCCGCUACCACAUCGCCUUCGGACCCGUAGUGGACGGAGACGUGGUGCCGGACGACCCUGAGAUACUCAUGCAGCAGGGGGAGUUCCUGAACUAUGACAUCCUGAUAGGAGUGAACCAGGGAGAGGGGCUCAAGUUUGUAGAUGACAGUGAAGACAACGAUGGGAUCUCAGCUGCAGCGUUCGACUACACUAUAUCUAACUUUGUGGACAAUCUCUACGGCUAUCCUGAGGGUAAGGACAUCCUAAGGGAGACCAUUAAGUUCAUGUACACCGACUGGGCCGACCGUGACAACGGAGACAUGAGGAGAAAAACCCUCCUCGCCUUAUUCACGGACCACCAGUGGGUGGCGCCGGCAGUGGCCACGGCCAAACUGCACGCCGAGUUCCAGUCUCCCGUUUACUUCUACACCUUCUACCACCACUGUCAGACGGAGACGCGGCCGGAGUGGGCGGACGCAGCCCACGGGGAUGAGAUCCCCUACGUGUUCGGGGUGCCCAUGAUCGGAGCCACCGACCUCUUCCCCUGCAACUUCUCUAAGAAUGAUGUCAUGCUCAGUGCUGUAGUCAUGACAUAUUGGACUAACUUCGCUAAGACGGGGGACCCCAAUCUGCCAGUGCCUCAGGACACCAAGUUCAUCCACACCAAGCCCAACCGCUUCGAGGAGGUCAUCUGGACCAAGUUCAACUCCAAGGACAAGCAGUACCUCCACAUCGGCCUGAAGCCCCGCGUCAGGGACAACUACCGAGCCAACAAGGUGGCCUUCUGGCUGGAGCUGGUCCCUCAUUUACACUCCCUCCAUGAAGUCCUGAACCCCACCACCACCAGGCUACCUCCAGGCAGCACUCGCCCCCCCGGGGGCCCCUGGAAGCCCAAACCCCGCACCACGGGCCACCCCUACCCCACCUUCCCCGACCCCGUGGAGCCCUACGGAUCAGAGCGGCCCAGACUGGACCUCUUCCCCGGUGACACGCGGGAUUAUUCCACAGAGCUGUCGGUGACCGUGGCAGUGGGGGCGUCGCUGCUCUUCCUCAACAUCCUGGCGUUUGCUGCGCUCUACUACAAGCGGGACAAGCGUCAGGAGAUGCGGCGCCACCGGCUGUCUCCGCAGCGCCACGGCGGGCCUGCCAACGACCUGGCGCACAGCCAGGAGGAAGAGAUCAUGUCCCUGCAGAUGAAGCACUCGGAGCACGACUCGCACCACGACAUGGAGCCCCUCCGGCCCCACGACAUCCUGCGGCCCUCCUGUCCGCCCGACUACACCCUGGCCCUGCGGAGGGCCCCGGACGACGUGCCCCUCAUGACCCCCAACACCAUCACCAUGAUCCCCAGCACCAUCACCGGCAUGCAGCCCCUCCACCCCUUCAACACCUACCCCAGCACCGGCCACAACAACACCCUGCCCCACCCCCACUCCACCACACGUGUAUAGUAGAGCUACAGCUCCCCCUGGGGGACCGGAGGACCAACUACACACUCUGGUUUAUCACUAUUGGAUCGCUAUGGAUAUCUCUCUCUCUCUCUCUUACUCUCUGUUUUUCCAACCGUCAGCCUGCUGCCCUGAUGCUGUGUCUUUCCUACAGCACAACCUUGCUGGGGUUAAGUGGAAGUGCAGCUGAACUGCAGGGGAAGCAGGUGUUAUUGAGGGUGUUGAGAUAUUUUGAGAGGGUCUCGUAUUCUCGGAUCCUGACAGCCCCCAAACCUGCCCACAGGAUGAUCCUCUGCCUCUAACUGUGCAUUUCAUUUAGUUGUUUUUUUCAUCCCAUGUUUUCUCGGUUUCUGUGCUGUAAUAGGGUUGGGGACAGAGGAGGCUGGUGGGGAGAGCUAUAGGAGGACAGGGUCAUUGUAAUGGCUGGAAUGGAAUGAAUGGAACAGAGUCAAAGAUGUGGUUUCCAUUUGCUUGAUGUGUUUGAUACCGUUACAUUUAUUCCACUCCAGACUUUACAAUGAGCCCGUCCUAUAGCUUCUCCCAGCAGCCUCCACUGGUUGGGGAUCGUUUUUUGGAGCGUGAGGUAAAGCGUUUGGUUCCUUUUCCUUCUGAUAUAUUGGAAAGCCUCUAUCUGUCUACUCAUCUCAUCUGCUUACUUGAGUCUCUUCUCUUUUCCACAUCCCUCUCUUUCCCUCCUCUGUAGUUCUAAAACAACCUUUUUUAUACAAGGCGUACAGUACAUACAUUAAGUAUAUAUCAUGAAAAUAUUGGUAUUCUGAUAUCGUCUUUCUACCAGCAUUCUUGGUGCCAAGUACUGUGUUGUUUUCCCAUAGGAGGGGAACUGAGAGAGAAUCAAGAGUGUUGAGCUGUAUCAAGAUAGCCUACUUACUGUGUGUUCAUGAAAAGUGCCAAACUGGCCUAUCUUGUGCUUUUUUCGUUAUCUUUUUUCAACGUUUGUUUGUUUGAUUGUUUGUUGCUUUCGGUUCUUAUUUUUUGUGGAAAGAUUUUUAAAUAUAUAGAUAUAUAGACAUAUAUAUAUAUAUAUAUAUAUAGUUAUAUAUAAAUGUGUACAAAGAAGAAAAUAUCGAAAUGGUUUUCUCAGUGGGGAUCUAUGCAUGAAUUAUUUUUAAAAACAAUGAUGGGGAGAGGACACUGGAUAGUCAAUAUUCACACACACAUCUCCUGUUUUAAACUAUUUCUAUCUCAAUUCCAUAUGCUUUUUCUUCAUAUUUUCUUUUCUGCAAGAAAAAAAAACCCUGGUGGCACGUCAUAAAACCCCUGCAGCGGUGCUUCUUUCAUUCAUGAACAUUAUCCUUUACAACAACGAAAAACCUGACUGGACCAAACAUGAAUAAAAACCAUUCUUAUACACAUUGAUUAUACAACACAUUGCUUAUGUUGAUCAUCUCACACCCUUAUUGCUUACUGUCUACUAUUGCACAACAGACUGCAUGCUACCCCAAACAAAUCAACUACCCUCGUAAAUCAAUUCAACCUUUAUUUACACAACACAUUUCAUAAAAGUGUGUGCAAUCCAAUACAUUAAGAACACUUAAACAGAAGAAAAAACAAGACUACAUUUCGAUCACAUAAAGACCCCUUUCUCUGUCUCGCAUCCUCCUCCUGCUCUGCUAUCAUCCAGCCAGGGCCCCUGAGGGCCCCUCUUACGUAAUGUGAGUUAUUGGUGCCACUGCAGCAGCUCUGUAUUUUUCUCGUAAUAACCAGGCCAUCCACUGAGCCUUGGGCCCCUGUCUCUCCGUGACUCAUUAUGGCAGGCGUAGAAGCCAUAGACUGCCACUGAAAUGGCAUCCAGUUCCCUGUGUAGUGCACUACUGUGGGCCAGUCAGGCCAAAAGUAGUGCACUAUGUAGGGAAUAGGAUGCCAUUUUGGACACAAACCUAGAGGUAUUGGUGUCCAUUAUGCUCUGGCCAAAAAGGGAAUAGGGUGUAGGGAAUAGGGUGUAGGGAAUAGGGUGCCCUAGCAGUAUUGAGGCUGCAGGUAGACCUAUCGUUUAUCAAGGUGAACCUGCCAGGGUUCUCAGAGGUCCUGGGUGGGAAGGUACAUACGGCCAAGUCUCGGGUCCUCGUAUAAUGUCACUUUUUCCUAAUGAUGUUACAACGAAGGAGAGAAAAGGGACAGUCCCUCCAUCUCCCUCUUUCUUUUACACACUCUCCCCUUCUCUCCGCCCGUCUCCGCCUUCGAUUUCUGGCCCGUACCAAUGCUGUUUGAUGAACGCCUGUGCGCUCGCGUGAGUACAUGUCAGCUCAGCUUCCCAGGGCCAGGGGUAACUAGAGGGCAGAGAGAAUGAUGGAGGAAGAUGGAAUGUGUGUGAGGAAAGAGACAGGCAGGCAUCUCGUAUCAGAGGCGCCUCCCCGUGGUGCGAAACCCCUGUAAUAACUGCUUACACACACACUCCUCCAUUCUUCCUCUCACUCUACUUUCCCCGUCCCUUUCUCCUUUCCUCCACCAGUAAACACCCGUCUGAUUCAGGACUGCUGCACAUGCAAUUUCAACUAACUCUCUUUGUGGAAAGUUGAGAGCAGAAAUCGCCGGCGUUUCAACUCGUAGCUUCACUGUGUGCCGUCGUUGAACCCUGCAUCUCCUGACCCUUCCCCCCUGACACAUGUCCCUGCUGACUCUGUUGCCCUCACGUCCCCUUCGCUCCACUGCUGUACAUUGAACUCUAAGCACACAGAGGAAAGACUGGUGGUCUAUCAGACAGGCCAGGGUCUGGGAUAACAGAGCUGGGAAGAGGACUGGGAGUAAGAGGUCCUUAGACCAAGGGACAACAAAGUGAUCAGCUGUUUUUACUAUUCCUUCUUUUUUUUUAACAGGGAGGUGCACGUAAAAGUCAAGGGAAAGCCUGUUGACAACACCUCCGUCCGUAAUGCUAUGACAUGGCCAGCAGAGGGGGCUGAUGGGUGAAUAGGAUUAAUCCAACUGAACUGUAGCGCUGUGUGUGAACCCACAGUGCGCUGUAGUAUCCUCGGUUAGAAACCGCUAGCGACAGUGUUGUCUCUGCUUGUGUUUAGCUUUAGACGUUUCUUUGGUACCUAUUUCAUUACUGCUUGAAGGUGGGGGGAUGUGUGAGAGAACACAGGUUGGUUUUGUCAGAUACUCUGUGUUGGCCAACUGAGAGAGACAGUGUGUGAUGGGGAAACACGAGAGAUGAUCCGCUGUACAAUAUACUGUAACAAAGACCAGACUGGGGUUGUAUAUGUGGAAUCAGAGGGAGUCAGUGGACUUAUAUGCUGGAACUUUUCUCUCCCCUACAGAGAUGGACUUACUAUAAAAUGUGCUAUUGGACUAGAAUAUGAAACCUGGGAGAGAGCCCCAAAGCCUCCAAGUCAUCAUCACAGCCUUAAACAAAGGGGAAAGGAUGUGAGAUGUGACCGGGACAGUGGACAGACUAGGGCACCCGACAUCUUAUUUCAGGUGUGGGAAUGAUCAGAUACAUCUGUCCUAUCAAGUCUUUGUGCAAUUAGAUCCUGAACUUUUUUUAUCCUGUGAAUAAGAGGGCAACGUGAGGGUCGCAGAGGAAACUAGUACUACUACAAAUACAACACAACAAAACUUCAACCAAUCGAAGAGUGACAGAUGCUAUUUCCUUUUUUUCCCUGUUCUUUUCCUUAUCUAUUUUAUACGCUUACACACUAGAGGGCGCCAUGGUGACACAAUCGCCAUAACAACCUACCGUUCCUCUGAACAUUCUGAAUGUGGACGAAUUCAGCGUUU